CAAAAUCAAAAUCCUCCCAAUAUAAGUGUGACAAGAAGAUGGGUAAACGGAAUAAGGACGACAAACAAAGUCCUCUUAUAGCGCUCCUUCCUGGGGCAAAAAUCAACAGUGAAAAGGGAAAAAUUACUGUCAACAUCGGAAUCUCGAAAGAAACUGUUAUAUUUAACAUUGGAGGUGUUAAGUUUGAAACAUACAGAUCAACACUUUACCGCCAACCUGAUAGCCCAUUGGCCAACGAAGACUUUCUCCUGAAGCACUUUCGGUCUGAUAAAAAGGAAUAUUUCUUCGAUAGGGAUCCAGCCAUGUUCAAAGCUAUUCUGAAUUACCUUCGUACAGGAGAGCUUCAUAUGCCGCCAUAUAUGUGUGGUCCAGCAGCAAAGCUUGAAUUGGAGUUUUGGGGAAUACCGGACAGCAUUAUAGAAAGAUGUUGUUAUACUCACUAUAAUGCAUAUAACUCUACACUGAGAGCCCUAAAUCGUCUGGAAAAGGACCGGCAUGGAAGCUUUGAUUAUCCAGUCGAUACCCAUACAAACAAAAAUAUGUCUAAAUGGAAAAGAAUCCGCUCGAAAGCCUCUAUUAUUCUCAACCAUCCAGAAAAGUCAAAAUCUGCAAAGGUGUAUGGAAUGGUCUCACUAAUUGUGGUAGCAAUCUCCAUUCUUUCAUUCCUUGCUGAAACACACCCGAGUAUUCAGGUCAAGGAAACUGUUUAUGACGUGUCAUUUGUGUACAAUGUCACAACAAAUAUAACAACGAAUUCAACAACGAGAACGGAAAUCGUCACUCCACAUCCGAUUUUAGACAUCAUUGAUCAUUCGUGUAUGGCGUUUUUCACCAUUGAAUAUAUUUUAAGAGUUGUGCUUUCGUUGCGAAGGCUGGUUUAUGUAAAAUCAUUAAUGGGAAUUAUUGACCUUUUCGCACUCUUGCCGGACUACAUUCAACUCAUUAUGUUUUCAAUAGGCAAACAUCUAGCUCGCACUUCUUUCACCCGGAUCAUCACCAUUUUAAAGAUAACAAGGAUAUUGCGCAUUUUCCGGUUAGUUCGUCACGUGCCUGGAUUAUGGAUAUUAGUGUACACUCUAAAAGCGAGUUUGCGCGAGCUUUUAUUGAUGGUAGCGUUUCUUUUUGUAGGAAUGUUGAUAUUUUCGUCAAUGAUUUACUAUGUAGAUGAUAGAGAAAUUUUUACAAGCAUUCCUCACAGUUUUUGGUGGGCACUCAUAACCAUGACAACAGUUGGUUAUGGCGACAUGUACCCCGUGACUGCUUUCGGCUAUGUGAUUGGAUCGUUAACGGCUAUGUGCGGUUUGUUAAUGAUAGGAUUUUCAGUACCAAUUUUAGUUAAUAAUUUUAUAACCUACUACCAAUAUGUUGAAUUUGCAAUCCAAGACGAAAAACUAAAGCGAGAAAAAUCUGAGAUUCUAGAGGACCAAGUAAUUGGUGACCAUGAAAUGACAAAAAACAACAAUUCGUACAGAUAAAUAUGACCACGUUUACUGCAAACAAUAUAAGAAAUAAACCGCUCAUUUAUCAAUUGUUACAAGAGACAUGCCUCUAUAUGAAUAGUUUAUCUGCAUUUCUUUUAUUAAUAAGAUUUUAAAACGAAAAGACUAAUUUUUAAUUUUGAAAAUGUCUUCAACAUUGAAUGCUUUCUCCAGUAGGAAAGUUUGUGUAUGCUUGUCGCUAUUUGGCAUAUAAUGGUAUACCAUUGUCUGCCCGUCAGCUGUUUAGGACGUAAACACUUCGUAUGGUCACUCGAUGUUACCAAUUCCCAUGUAAAUUUAGCACACUAUUAGAAUUGAGAGAAGAAAUCACCUUUGA